AUGGACUUCUUCCAAAACCAGGUCGUGCUCCUUACGGGAGCAACGGGGGGUCUUGGGGGCUGCCUCUUGUAUAAGCUCGCCGUUGUUCUUCGAGUACCCAAGAUCUACGUGGUAAUACGAAAAACACCCGAAAAGGCCAUCCAGACAUGGUCUACAAUCAUGCCGAAUCACGUGGAUGAGGUCCUUCGGACAGGCAGCAUCAAGUUUGUAUUUGGUGACCUAACAGCCCCUCAGUUCGGCAUAGCGGAACACAAUGUCCGGGCUCUAGAAAAGGAUGUCACCAUCGUCAUCAAUGCCGCUGCCAACAUAAGCUUACGACUGCCAUUACGCCAAGCUGUCCAAGAUAAUUGUCUUUCAGCCCUUGACCUAGGCGAAAUGGCAACGAGAUUUACAAAGCUCGUCUGUUUUGUCCAGGUCUCGAGUGCAUACGCCUUGAGCGAUCUCCCGGACGGUCCAAUGGAGGAAAGGCUAUACCCUAUCGGCGAUUCGGACCAGCUCCUGAAUGACAUCCUUUCAGACAAGAUGGACGGCCCCGGCGAGUUCGCUUGGCCGUAUGCCAGAUCUAAGAGACUCAUGGAGUGUCUACUGGACCGGAGGUUAGGGCAGAAGCUGCCGCUGGUCAUAGUGCGUCCUACUGGCAUUGCCCCUGCAAUCCAUGAGCCCUUUGAGCUGUACCUACCAAACGCGUCUUGCCCUCUGAACACUUUCUACGCCCGAAUGAUGUAUCCUACGGGCGGCUCCGCGGUGUUCCACGCCCCUGUGGGUUUCUCGUCAGGCAAAAACAUUGUCGACGAGAUACCUGUCGACCUGGCUUCCAACAUCAUCCUUCAGCACGUACGGCGCGGGACCCGUGGUGUUAUACACACAUCGUCGCAGUCGUACAUCCCCAGGACGUUCGAUGAUUACCUGCAAGACUUGGCGCGCUAUGUCCCCGAUGACUGGAGGACCAAGAUGGCCCGGCCCGUCUUCACCACCGACCGCACCGCCCGGCAGUGCCCUGUGGCCGAAUUCUACGUCAUAAAGUCGCGGAACUGGCUUGUCAAGGCGGACCGGUCGCGGAACCUUGACAUGAGCGGCCCGAUCGGCCUGGAUAUCGGCGAUCACGAUCUCCAAGCCUUCACAGAGAAGCGGGUGAGACGUAUUUUCGCCGAGACAAAGAAGUUUUUAGAGACGAAGGAGAAGCGCGCUAUGAGCCAGCAGCUGAAGACCAAGCUGUAG